GAGCUCACACUCCCGGGAAGCGGCCGCGGCGGAGCCGGGGUCCGCAGCGGCUGCGCAUCGCGCGCCUCCCGCCGGGCGCUCGGGGGCUGCGAGGUGGGCUGAGCGGUCCCCCGGGAGGGAGGAGGCCGGCCGGAGGGGGCGCGGAGAGGAACUGCAAAUGACAGAGCAGAGGGACGGCUGGCCCAGCCAAUCCUGGAGCUGCUGCAGCACUUAUUCCCCAAACAAACACGUUCUGGUGCAAGGACAGAGAGGAGGGGGCUGCUGGCUCACGCGCCACCCCCCCCGCCCCCGGGGACCACAGCCCCCUUGCUGCUCCCGUGUGGGAAGGACAGCCCGGCACCUUGGGCCACACAGACGGAGGCUGCCCUGGGCCAGGGUGAGUGAUGAUGGUGCUGCAGCCCCUCCCUGCUGCCCAGCGUGGGAAGAAGAAUGCAGAGCCAGCAGGGACUGGGUUCCUACCACGUUCGGUAAGGUUCUGGGAGCUGGGAAGACAGGACUGGCCCUUGACCUUGGAGAAAUUGCAGUGGAUAGGAGGAAGCGCCCGCCCAGACUGCUGGACCUGUUUCUGCUAAUGAACACACACGUCUUCUAUCAAACCACACCCCUUUUUGAAGUUCAGAUUACUGAGAGGCCCCAAGUUGUGCCUGCUAUAGCCACGAGCCAUGGGUCUUUAAUUAGCCUCCACCAGCAAGACUGUUUGUUCUGGUUCCUUCCCAGUCAUCACUCUAGAGGAGUAAGAGCACUGCACAGAGCGUCAGGAGGCUUCUGCCAGCUACGUGGUCUCGGGUUUCUGGUGCCGGGCAGGCGUUUUGACCGAGCUGCGCAGAUUUCUCUGAUGCUUUGUGGGAAGGAGUAGCAGAAAUGGAGGCCUGCUCUCUAGGGUAGACCCCUGUCUCCAAAGUGGGUGGGCGCCCUCCAGAGGGAGUGUGGCCCUUGUCCAUCUUGGGAAUGUGGAAAUGCGGGAAGAGCAGGUUUUCCCAGUCACCAAGCAGUUGGCAGGCUACAGCCCAUAGGUCAGAUGCCUGCUUUUGUAAAUAAAGUUUUAUUGGAACCCA